AUGAAGAAGGGGAGGCGCGGCGGCGCCAACGGGGCAGGCAUAGCAAGGAAGGCUGACCGCGUUCAUCGGCUCAAGCAUCAGUUAAGGGCAAGCGUUGCUGGUGGGAAGCAGGAGAAGCCAAGAGACAGAAACAGAAGCGCGAUAACAGGAACCUACACAGGGUUCUGUCCGUGGAAGGAAAGGCCCGAGGGGGGUCGGCUGCCUGAGAUCGACAGGGUGCUGGUCAAUGAGUACAUCGAGUGCUGCAGCAACUGCAGCAGCAACAGCAGCGCCAGCAGCACCACCAGUAGAAGCGAGGGAAGCACUGAGGCAGCUGCAAGUGGAAGUGGCUCUUCGGCGCUGUGCCGUGCGUGUUUCUUUGGUUUGUACAUCAAACCUAGGAAGCCAUGUCUUUUGCGUCUGGUGAGGGAGGAUAAGCCCAAGAACUGCAAGCAGGAGUCCGAGGCGCUGGCGGACGCGAGAGCUCUUAGGCAGUGGAGGGACUUGAACUACCUGAAGCAGACCGCAGGAAAUGAGACAAUCGACGUUGAGAUCCGGGGCACCCAAGGCGCCCCCAGCUUCGGAAAGGGACAGUACCAGCAGCUGCCGUUCGGGGAGGUGCUGCAGAGGCUGCAAGACGGGGACAGCUCGCUGUAUGUGACGACCCAGCGCAUCCCGAGUGACAAAUACGGGCCUAAGGCUGUCUGUGGAGCUCCGUUGAACGGGUCUUUGGCGGGUGACUUCCCAAAGUCCCCUGCCUUGGCAGGACACCUCGUCGUCUCCCAGUUUAACAUUUGGAUGGGACACAGCUACCACGGCAGCAGCACGGGGCUGCACCAUGAUUUUCAUGACAAUUUCUACUGUCUUUUGAGAGGGCGGAAAGAGUUCCGGCUGUACAGUCCCCGCCUUUGCAGGCUGUUGAGGCCUCAGGGCUGUAUGCGGAUGACCAACAGCCCAGCCAUUCAUUCAAACGGACUUAUUUCCUACAUCCCAUGCAUUCGAGAAGACGGUGCACAUGAAGGCGCCGUGCUGCGUGCGCGGCAAAUUGCUCUGGAGGAGACCAUAAGAGAGCUGCAGGAAGAGCUACAGAGCACCCAGGCGAGGUUGGAGGCAGCAGCAGAAGCGGUUGAGCAUAGGGAUGCUAAAAGAGCUCUUGAGGACAAAAUGAACCAGGCUGAGGCAGAGCUCGAUGAAUGUCUUGAGGCGACUCUAACAGCUGCAGGGGAAGACAGCGGCUUUGAGGACGGAGACUCCACAACCAGCGAGGAGGGUGAUGUGAGCCCCCACAGUCCUUCCAAUAUGUUUCAUGCUUUGUUUGUGAACUUUGAGGUUCCCUCAGCGGUUGUCAGCCCCGCCCUUUGUCUCAGCCAAGCCCCAGCUCCUCGCAAUCCCUAG